CGCAUCGGUGUAGACGACGUCGGCAAAUCGCGUCUUGAUACUUUUUUGGUUUUCUUGCUAUGUUAUCACAUGAAGGGUCUUUUGUACGACAAAACCUCGUUUCUUGACCUACAAACGUUUAUGGCAGAUUUUCGACUGAAAUUGCUUGGGACGGCAAGUAUAAAGGCCUCACAUCGGGAGUUCUCUCCGUUGGGAUUAUUUCACGCUGCCGGUGAGCGAUCAAUACUCUAGUACCUACACAUCAACCACUUGGUGGUCUUUUCAAUAAGCCCGAUGACUUCAAAGGAGGAACCCUCCGCGGAUCCUUACAAUUGCACACAAAGGACCGAGUCUUCUUCUGCUUCUGCGGUUCCAGUUUCUCUCAUACACGCGCCUUUGCCUUCUGUUCCACGAAUCAGAUUUCCAGUCGACUGUGACUUAGCACACUAUUAUCAGGACGUCCCACAUCUUUCCACGGCUCCCUCUCCUUCCCUGUGUCCUAUACCUACUCCGCCACUAUCAUCCCCAUCCCCACCUCCUUUCAACAGCCAAAUGGAACACAUCCCUCGACCUCCAAAUGCAUUUAUGCUUUUCAGAUCGGAUUUCUCGAAACGAGAUGUCAUUCCUCCUUCUGUUGAAAAGCGCCAGCAGACACUUAGUCAGGUAGCCGGCGAAGUUUGGAAUCUAAUGCCUGUAGAGGAAAAGCGAAAAUGGCACGCAAAAUCGGCGGAAGCGCUCAAACUACAUACCGAGAAAUAUCCGAACUACAAAUUUUCUCCUGUACGAAGAGGGAGUGGGCGGAAGACCAAGGUGAAGGCAGCAGAAGAUGAUGAUAUGGAGAGCAAAGAUCGAAUCCGUGAAAUUCGUGAGACGUAUCUCCAUAUGCGUGGACCUGCAAUUGCUCCAUUGCGGCGUCGGAGGGGUAGGCAGCAGGCUUCAACCUCGGAGGACGAGAAGACUGGAAUGUCCUCAAAGUCUUUCAUCGAUCAACUUCCAAUAGGCCGGUCAGAAAUGCAAGAAAGCAACCUCUCCGAUCCAAGAGAACCAGCACUACCUCCGGUAUUUCCGCGACCCACAAAUUCUCAUGUUGCAAAUCAUAUAUACUCAGGGGACGACGUGAAAGGAGACUAUGAACAUUACCCGAAGAAGGCACAAUAUUAUGCCUCUACGGUCGAGAAUCAAUCAAGGUGUAAUCCAGCAUCAAGUAGUUACCGUUCAACCAGAACGAGCAACGGGAUCGGCGAGAUCCGUACCAUGGAUAUAAAGCCUCAGCUCCCUACAGCUUCGGAGGCAAAUUUUGAAGGGUUUUGGUCUUGAAGAAUUGAGGGAUCGCGAUGGGAAAAGGCACAAUAUUAGUAGCAGCCUCGGUUCGAUGUAACGAGCACAGAUCAUAAAUCUAUGCAGUCAAGAUGAUUUCAUACAACAUACAAUUCCUCUGCAUAUAACUAUAAUUGCAAGAUUUUUAAAUUGAUAUACCUAUACAUCUACACAUUGAACCUUUGGGGUUUAUAAAGAGGAUGAAUCCGGUGACUCUGAUAUCACUUUUCUGAUGAGGGCC